GCUCGCGAGGAGACCUCUCGUUAAAGGCUGCUGCUCUAGUGGCUGCGACUCGUAAUAUGGCUUGCUCUGUAGUCGGUCUUCGUGGAGCUGCACCGACAUGUGGAGCUGCAAAGGGCCUUCUUUGACUGAGCGACGUUAAGACAGAUACAGCGGGCCGUGUUUGAAGAUGGCCCUAAACUCUGGGUUCCUGUGUGCUGGCGAUCAAGGGAAGAGGGUGACCUCCAGUUGUUCCCACGGCGACCUUAGCCCUUCGGCCGUAGCAUUGGCCAUGGUCUCUGGAGACAGCUGCCUCUUGGCCAGACCCGAGGCGGUUCAUUCAAGACCUACUUCUCGCCAGGUGGUACGGCAAAGCGUUCCGAUCGAGAGACGUCGGACGGCUGGUGGAAGCUGGAGCCCUCUGCGCUUUGUAAAGGGAGGAGACCCUGAUGGGCGGAGCCGAAGCCGUAGGGCGCGAUUUUCGCCUUACCCGACUCCUGUGUUUAAACUGGAUCUGUUAAGUGUCUGACCGCCUUUGGAGGUGUUAUCGCAGCCAGGCUUACGUUUAAAACGAACACUUCCUCAGCCCUUCAAUUAGCUUGUGAACAAGGCCUCUCAAAUCCUU